UAAUUAUAGUCGCACAUGGCUUUAGCUGUUAGUAACAUUAGCGCACUCACGACAGUCAGUCAUGCUCUACAAAAUAGUGAUUUAUUAUUUCAUUAAUAUAGUUUAUACUAAUGGCCAUGUUGGAAAUAUUCGCGUUGCCGAAAUGCCACAAGAAUUUGUAGAGCAAUGUAUUGUAGAUAUUAUUGCAUCAAAAUCUCAAUUUAACUCCGACAUAGCUAUCAUUAACAAUGAUAUUGUCACCACUGAGUUGAUUCGGAGGAUUCACAAAACCAACAAUGUCAAGCUUUACGUAAAGGAUGGUUCCGUGCAUGUCGCUGCAUCGCCCAGUAGUUUUAUAAUAUAUGGCCAGAACCUAUCGUAUUUUCAAAAUCUGAUUGACUAUAUGAACAAGGAUUAUUACCGCAAGCCAGAUGCUCUUUACAUCAUAAUAAUGCCAGAUUUAAAAAAUGAUUUUAUACAAAUAUUUCAUACAUUAUGGAAGUACCAUAUUAUAAAUACGCUUAUCAUUGUCACAGAGACAAAUAAUUCUGCAUCAGUAUAUUCCUAUUUUCCAUAUUCAGAAGGUGGUUGUGGCCGGAAUUAUAACAAUACAAUUAAAAUUAGUGAUUGCAAUAGUGUUAAGAAAUCUGACAUAAUGGACUCGAUACGUGAAUAUGAUAUUCCUGUCCUUAAGAAUUGUGUUUUACAAGUAGGAACUCAUAAUUAUCCACCGAUAGUUAUAUCGGAUAUAGAUCCGAAAAAUAAAUUAGCUGUUGGAAUAGAAAUAGAUUUGUUAAACAUUUUAGCAAGCUUGGAAAAUAUUUCUUUAAAUUAUGUAUUUUUUCCCGAAUAUGUAGAAUUUGGCCACGUAUCUGAUAAUUUUACUGUUACUGGAAUAUUAAAGAAAUUAUAUGAUAAUGAAGUUGAUUUGGUGAUUGGGGCCUUUGCGUUGAACAGUCAACGAGCACUAUUCUUUGACUUUAUAUGGUCCCACUUUGCGUAUGAAGAUAGUUUUGUUACUGUGACUCCUAGCGCCGGUCUCUUAGAACGAUGGAGAAUCAUUUACAUAGUGUUUAAACCACUAGUCUGGCUACUAUUAUUAUUCAUAUUCUUACUUUGUUCAGUUCUUCUUUCUAAUAAUAACAUCGUACUAAAUUAUGAUAGAUCUUCUGAACUUCUUAAUCUAUUUGGGAAUUUGACACAAAACAUUGCAUUAAGUCUCAAAGGAUACAGAUUUAAUAACUUUAUUAUUGUUCAUUGGAUAUGGUUUGGGUUUUUAGUAAAUUGUUUUUAUCAAAGUAAGCUAACAAGUUUUACUACAUAUCGAAUCAGCAAGCCACAAUUGAAUGAAUAUAUGUCUUUAAAUGAUUACAACUUUACUCCGUGUUUCGCGCUAGACAUAUCUCCGUUUAUGAAAUACUCUGGUCAAGUUCCUAUUAUACAUGAAGAAUAUCUAGAAACCCACGGAUGUGAAACUGCAGAUUUAUCCAUGGAUACGGUGGCGAAAACGCAAAAUAAGUACACAGUAACAAACUACUAUAGAUACCUUUGGUGGAUAACUAAAAAUCCAACGAAGAAGGCACAAAUCCAUCUCAUGAAAGAAAAACUGUACAAUGCUCUUUAUGUCAUAUUCCUAAAACGCGGUUUUCCACUUCUAAAAGAUUUUCAACUUAAAAUGAUGCAGUUAGUUGAUAAUGGUUUUGUGGAAGUUGUUAAAUCUCAUCAUAUGAUUCAUGACCAUGUAGAUUCGAAUGUUGGUGGUUCAUUUGAAAUUAGUCGUUUAAAAUUAAUAGAUUUUAUUAUACCGUUUAGUAUUUUAAGCACAGGUUUGGUAGUUGCAUUUGUAAUAUUUGUAAUUGAAUUAAUGCACGCUGAUAAAUAAAUAUUUGUACCUACUUCAAUAGGAACAAAAACUUUGAAUUAAUCUUUG